AUGCUAUCGACGCGUUCCUUUACACCCCUGUUGGAUGAGGAUGGCGAUCCCAUUGCCAUGCGCUAUUACGAGUACGCUCCUGCCGAAUGGGCCGUUCGGUAUUAUGACAAGGUGGGGUUGGUGGAUCUUCCCGUUCCUUCUCAUUUCCAAACACUGGACGAUGAUCGCGUGGCGUACGAACUCCGCUAUCAACUACUGCACGGCCAAUGGACCGAACGAACGGCACUCGAGAUUUUGUAUCACAGUCUCAUGGAACCUCCCAUUCAAGACGAUUCCAUCUUUGCCAAACUCAACUUGACGGUUGGUAGUAUCAACCCCAAAGCCGCACUCAAAUUGCAACAACGCCAACAAUUCAUGUUGGGCUCUGGACCCAAUCAUCAAUCCUAUCGACGCACAUACCAGGACCAUUUGAAAGAAACUGCCAUGGCGGCGGCUACGGCUCAUCGUGCGGGAGCCAGUGUCACGGCGGGAUCCUUAUUUUCCUCACUGGGCGGCAUUUUAGCGGCCAACUCUGUCGGCCGCCUCUCGACGCGCAAAAUGGAUACGGCAUAUGGCUGGCUGCGAGCCGAUGUGGAUGUCUGCGAUUGGGAAGGUGUCGUUUGUGGCGAUUUUUCGGCCACGAGUGUCUAUUAUUGGAACAAUAUGGGAAUCAUGGCCGCCGCCACGGCCGCACUGGAUAUGGAUCAUAUGAAUCAACACAUUCAACAAGAAUCCUGGGUGUGCGAUCAUUGUCCGACCGACGGAAUUGCGUCCGAGCGAGUCACCAAGGUGGAAUUGCCAUAUGCCGGAUUGGUGGGGACGUUGCCCACGGAAGUGGCAUUAUUACAGUAUUUGCAUCGACUCGAUUUACGAGGCAAUCGUAUUUAUGGAAGUUUGCCCACGACGUUGCGACAAAUGCAGUACUUGCAAUACCUCGAUUUGACACGCAAUGAAUUGUCCGGGACGAUUGGCGGGCAUAUUCCGACACCACCACCGCCAUCACAACAGGCACCACAAGAAUUGUCCACGGAAGAUGACCAACUCGAAACAACCACCACAACCGCCAGUACACAAGAACCCAUUCCAUUGUUUCCACCAUAUAUUCGAGAAGUCUGGUUGGGAUCCAAUCAACUCCACGGAACCAUUCCACUCGAGCUGGAGACGCCGCUGCUCAUGCAUUUGGAUUUGAGCAAGAAUCAAUUCACCGGCAGUUUGCCACGGUACGGACGCAAACAAUUGCCCAAACUCAAAUCGCUCUUUGUCGAAGAAAAUCAACUCACCGGAAAGAUUCCUCCCAAAUGGGCUGGAUUGACCCAUCUCGAAGUUGUCGAUGUCGGAUACAAUAUCCUCCAUUCGUCGAUACCGACAUUGUUUGGGAAAAUGAGCAAGUUGCGCGAAUUGAAUAUCGCCGGCAAUCAAGUCAGUGGCACCAUUCCCACCGAGUUGUUGCAAUUGGCUCACUUGGAAUCGCUGGUGUUGAGUCAAAAUCAGCUCCACGGCAGUAUUCCGGGAGGCGAUGAUACCGUCCCGCAUCGGGCCAUGCGGGAACCCGAAGCGGGCUAUAAAUGGAGUCAAUUGACCGAUUUGCAGUUUUUUCAUGCCAGUGACAAUUAUUUGACAUCGACAUUGCCGCCCGAUUUGUUUUAUGGAUUGUCCAAAACGAUUCAAAGCAUUGAUUUUGGAUACAACGAGCUGACAGGGACAAUACCACGAGAAGUCGCCAAGUGUACUAACCUUGAACGUAUUAAUGCACAAUCCAAUUUCAUUCGAGGGACGUUGCCCAGUGAAAUGAGUCGCAUGAAUCCAAACCUCGAGUUGAACUUUUCCAACAAUCUCCUGACUGGAAGCAUUCCAACCAUGUUCUGCGGAGGUGGCCCCACUUCCAUGAACUUUCUGUACCGACAAUUCGCUUGUGAUGCGGUUCUUUGUCCUCCCAACACAUUCCAUCCCACGGGAGCUGCUACACUGCACUCGGGGUGUCGGCCAUGUCCACACGAUCCUGUUGCUGACCGACGUGAUCCACCCGAAUCCAAAAUUCUCGGGCGAUCCAAAUGUGCGUCAUCAGCUUCUAAAGUUGCAAUGGUCAAUGGAGACGUGGACGGAGACGGCAAAGUGUCGGUACGGGAAGCCCUGCGAUUACUCUUUGUGGAAACCAUUGGGAGGUUUUGGGGACAGCACUUUCAAAACUGGAUUGAUAUGAAAGUCAAUGAAUGUGACUUGUAUGGUGUCACAUGCGUCAAUGGUCACGUUGCGAAACUGGAUUUGGUCAAUGCCGCCAUGUGCUCCAGUGGAGAUCACAAGUCAGGGUUGGUUCCCGAUUGUCGUGGCAUCCCUUCGGAACUGGCGCUACUCUCUCGCAUGGAAGUAUUGACGGUCAGUCGGCGACAGUUUCUCAUGGGCACGUUGCCUACCGAAAUUGGUUUGAUGACACGGCUCAAGUACAUUGACUUUUCGGAUUGUCCCUACAUGACGGGACCGCUUCCCAGUGAGCUCGGAUUGUUGACCAAUCUCAAAUACAUCAAUGUGAUUGGCAGCAGCUUUAAUCAAUCUGUGCCUUCGGAGAUCUUUCACUUGACCUCUCUGGAAAAGCUGCAUCUAAGCAACAAUGUGUUUACGGGGACGCUACCACCAUCAUCUCUUGGAAACCUAGAAAGUAUCAAGGAAAUUUUCUUCUCAAACAACUUUGUUCACGGAACAAUCCCUAGAGAAGUGGGAAACUUGACAAAGCUGGAAAACUUUGAGAUGUACGGCAAUGAGCUCAAUGGAACCAUUCCAGAGACGUUUGCACGGUGCACAAAUCUGAAACGAAUAGACGUAUUUAGCAACAAGUUGACAGGAACGAUUCCCAAAGCCAUAGCUCAGGUCGAAUCACUUCAAAUCUUGCAUCUCAAGAUGAAUAAGUUGACUGGAACGAUACCUCCAAAGUAUGGAGAGUUACCGUUUCUUUCUUGGUUCGACGUGUCCCAUAAUUUCCUGCAUGGGACCAUCCCAAGUACCUUUGGACAUGCCAGAUCCAUCAAAGACUUUCGUUUAGGAGGCAAUAUGUUUUACGAUCCCAUACCACAAACACUCUGUACCAACACCAACAUCAACGGCGGACUGACAGCCACGUAUGGAUGUGAUGGCGUCAUUUGCCCAUUGGGAACAUAUUCAGACACGGGCCAUGCGACGCACGCAGCCAAUGGGUGCAUACAGUGUCCUGAGGGCGAAUCAACCAUGUAUCUCGGGAGUACAGCUUGCAAGCUCUUUACUUCACAAGAUAUCCUCUCAAUCUUGUUCGAUGCUAUGCAAGGUGAACGUUGGCCAGAUGAACUACGCGACAAUUGGAAGAAUCGGCACGUCGAUGUCUGCUACUGGUCCGGGAUUAUCUGUGAUACGAAGGGUGACGUUGUGAGCAUUGGAUUCCCGAUUGCUUGGGAUGACUGGGCAAACGAAGGUUUGGCCGCCCCAUUGGCCUAA